AUGUGCAAAGCGUCCUUCUACUGCGAUGCGAGGAUAAGAGUUUGCCACCUCCCCCCUGGACCAAGCAACAAACCCCCUCCCUUGACUGUGGUCUCCUCUGCUAACAGCAAGGCUAACCGAACCACCGCUACCGUAACCCCCUUCAGCCAAUCAGCCAGCACCGUCACAGUGACCAGCGGCAACGGCGGUGCAGGCACCAACCAGGCCUUGGCCGCUACCCGCACCUCCAGCUUCGCCGCCGCCCUGCGUAAACUGGCCAAGCAGGCCAAUGACAAUGGCCCAGAUGAGAUCUCACCUAGAACGUCACCUGCCAGUACAACACGUAGCUCCGCCUCUACCCCGUCCAAGUACCACCUAGGACCUUCGCCCCUCGUGGUCCCUACCUCAAGCCCUCCAGUGGUUACCAUUGCCCCCACCCACACCACCAGUUCUGCCCUGGAUUCCAGAAGGGAGCUUGAGAGAAGAAGCCAGAGCAACUCUGUAGAUCGUAGCCUCGGUCGUUCGCUGUCAGGAGAGGGUGCGUCUUCUAUUUGGAGAGGAAAAGAAAGCCCCAGUCUAGGUCUAGGUCCAAGGAGACCGCUAGCCCAACUACCGAGCAAGUCGGAGGAGAUGGCAGGGAGGGGUUUCCAGCCAUACCGUGCCGGCGAAGACCCCAUCCGACCCCCGACAGCCACGCCCCACCCUCUGGCAUCUUACGACCCCACUGCCAUGGCUCAGAUCUCAUAUCCAUUCCAUCCUGCGUUCCUGACACCAGCAAACCUUCAGUAUCCAGCUUUCAGGUUUGUGAAAGACAUUUUCUCUUUUCUUUUAUGAUUUUUCUCUCUGUGUCAUCUACCUUCUCUUUUAAUUGGUGGACCGGUCAUUUAAUGCAGAUGGUGUAUGUUGGUAUGGGCAUGUGCUGAGGAGGGGUGGCAGGCAUUUUUUUUAAGGGCUUUGAGUUCAAGGUGGGUGCUUCGAGAUGGAGAGGAUGGCCAAAGAAUACAUGGAAGAAGGUUGUAGGGUUGGGUUGAGGACGGAGAAUGCCAAGUAUAGUGUAAGAUGUAUCCAACCACCCCCUUUCAAUGGGGUUAAGUAUGGAUUUAACACUUUGGACUACUGACUGACACAUUCUUAGUAUUUACUAGUAGAUGAUAAAUACAUAAUAUGCUUACUCCUAAAUAAUUCCCCAACCCAGCGAACAUCUGCCCCAUUUUUCCUCUGAUUGCCUUCACUUGACAUUUGAAAUAAACUGAUGGUGAGGUGUUACCAUUACAAGGUUUUUCAUUGUGGCUGUUGCUGCUGUUGUUAACAUUCUGUUUAAAAGUGUGGAAACCUCUGCCUAGGACAACUCCUGACCUGAAAAUGAUGCCUAAUGAAAAAGCUAUUCCCCCACCAUUUCACUUCCACACAGAGACCUCCCCAUUCAUUCACAUAUAACUCCAUAAACCUCCAUUGAUGCUCCCAGAAGUGUUUUUUACACUUGCAAACAUUUCCUGAACACCAUAAUAUAGGUGGGGCUAAAUGGCAAUUUAGCCCCAAUUGUACAGGAUCAAGCUUAGCCCACUUUCGUAUCACAGUGUUUUUGCAAAGUGGGCUAACCCCACCUAUAGUACAGGAUUAUUUGGCCCUGCAAAAUAGCAGGGUUAGCUGUGCAAUUGCGGUGCUAAGAGUGGUAGUCCAGAGUUAAGAGUGGCUGGUGUAAAAAGAAACCCGGCCAAGCCUAUGAUGUUGCUUGAUGUGUGCCCUUGAAGCAACGGAGCCAUCGCUGUUGUCCGAUCAGAGACAAGCGCUCAUGAAUGGCUACCACUUUCCAGGAUUUCUGAAUUAUGCGUGAUAAAAUCAAGCACUACGCAUUUCCUUAGCUGCGGUUAGGCAGAAAAUUCAGCCUGUGUAAAAAGGAAAAAAAAAUAGUACGGGGUUGAGAAAACGUAGUGUAAAAAGCCUAUAAGAGUUCACUUGCCUGAUUCGUGCAAGUGGAAAAGUACAUGCUGACUGCCUCAAGGUAGAGACGUCAUUCCUGAAGCUUACUGCCACUUGUAUUUGUACGCAGUCGUGCUUUUCAUGGGGGUGUAAUUGCCCAUGUGGCAUUUUAAGAAUAAGUCUGUACUUGGGUAGAGACCCUUGACAAAGUAUCUUGGGAAGGAGGAGGGUGGUGGGUGGUGUAGGGGGGAGUGUUGGGGAGGGUAGUGGGGGGGAAUGGCAGGAUGGUGGAAGAUGGGGGAGUACUGCGAGAGCUCUUUAUUAAUUCCAGCUCACCAGUCCCUGAUCUGACUGAUCGCUUUCAUUGAUGCUGAGGAUUGAGUGUAAGAAAAAAAAAGAUGAAAAUGGAUAUGAGCGAGAGAAAGAGAGAGAGAGAAGGGGGAAGAGGGCAAGAAUGAGGUGAAGAUUUUAAGCAUGGAAGAGAAUGGUUAGGGAGAGGAGGAGAUAAAGAAAAAAGAAUAAGAAAAGGGGAAGAAAGUGAGAGAGAGAGAUUAUUGUACAC